AUGACUCCCCAGCCACCAAAAUCUCACCGUCACCGCCAAUCCAACACUCCUAAAACACCACCAACUCUCCCCGACGAGCUCAUCACCAAUAUCCUCUCCCGCCUCACUGUCAAACAUCUGAUGCAGAUGAAAUGCGUGAGUAAGUCCUGGAACACUCUCAUAACCGAUCCUGUUUUCACCAAAAUGCACUUCAAUAGAUCUGCGUUGAAUCCAUUUUUCUCGUUAAUCUCUAAUAAUUUAUGCGUACGGGACAGUGAUUGCAGUUUCGUAACUGUUCCCGUUAAUCGGUUACUCGAUAACCGUUAUAUCACCGUUCCGAGGGAUCCUUACUUCCGAUUGAGGGAUAAGGAGUGUCGCGAUGUUGUUGGAACAUGUAAUGGAUUAGUUUGUUUGAUUGGUUAUUCGAUUAACGAGUGGACUAAGUUUAAAAGAGUGUGGUUCCGUUUCUGGAAUCCAGCUACUCGAUCAAUAUCAGAAAAAUUAGGCUGA